GAGAAGGAAGAGAAAAAGAGCAUAAAAUCUAAGCAUAUAAAACAUUAGAAUCUACACACAAUCUGAUCCAGCGAUGCAAUUAUUACUGGGGCUUCCCCAACAGGUUUAAAAACCCCAUUUGGAGAUCGCUCAUUUCAAUUCUCAGCUCUUUCGAUCUCUCUGCUACCACAGCUAACCUCUGCAAUAUUUGGCACAAAGUUUGGGAUUUGCUCAUACUAAAAAAACUCUCAGAGCUCGAUCUCAUAUUUCUCAGGGUCGAUCUCUGUGUGUAUUCUCUCACUUCUGAAAGGUUAAUUAAGGAGAAGAUGGGGAGCAGUUAUUUUGGGGAGCCAAACAUGGGAAACGAAAGAGGAGGCGGAUCGUCUUCUAGUUCUUCAAGGAAAGGGAAGAAGAGUAAUUCGGACAAGCCGAAGCAACCGCAGAGAGGGCUUGGAGUUGCUCAAUUAGAGAAGAUCAGAUUACAUGGCCAAAUGGGAUUCAUCAAUCCUUACCCUACUAAUAAUUUCAUCAAUAACCAGCAGGUGGAGGAUAACAGAGUGCAAGCAGCAGCUUAUUCAUCGUCUUUCGCUUCUUCGCAGUCUUCUUCAUCUCCCUCAGUCUCUUAUGGCUUCCACCCUAACAUCAUGAUGGGGCUCGGUGAAUAUGAUCAAAGAGCAAGCAUCAUAUAUGGUGAUCCUUCCCAACGAAACAGUACAACACCAAGCAGAUGGGAACCCAGCAAUGCCAUGUUAGAGCCGACCCAACAGUUUGUGCAACCAGGCAUCACUACUAGACACCUCCUAAAUCCACCUGCAGAAGUACUAGAGGAGUUUCAUCACAAGAAGAGCAAAAAACAUAGAAGUAAUUCAAUGGGCUCAAGCAGUCAGAAUUCUGAAUCAAGUGACUCUCAAGAAGUAGAUUUGGAACUCAGACUCUCACUUUAAUUAGUGUAAGUUCAAUCAUUUCCUGCCACUCAAGAUCUGCAAAUUCAAACUGAAAAUGGGGCUAGCUUGAAGUUGAGCAAGGGAACAAAAACAUCAAGUUCAUUUUCAUUUUCAUGUGGAAGAGCUCACCUGCUCAUGUAAUGCAAAAUGUAAAGGCUAAGAUGAGAUUGACUUUUUCUGCAUAAGACAGUGAUGGAAAUUUUCUUUUUGA